AUGGAGGGAAAAAAUGCCUUUCACAAUGGAGAGAAACCAUUCACGUGUUGUGUGUGUGGACGAGGCUUAAGCCAAUCAUCGGAAUUGUUACAGCAUAACUGCAAUCACAGUGAGGAGAAACCCUGGAAAUGCAGGGACUGUGGGAAGGGAUUCAUUACCCCCUCAAGGCUGGAAACUCAUCGGCGAAGUCACACUGGAGACAGACCCUUCACUUGCUCCAAAUGUGGGAAGGGGUUCCCUUACUCAUCCAGCCUGCUGAGACACCAACGCAUUCACAAUGGGGAGAGACCAUUCGCCUGCUCCGUCUGUGGGAAGGGGUUCAGUGAUUCCUCCAACCUGCUUUCACACCAGCUCGUUCAUUCCGGGGAGAGGCCGUUCACCUGCUCCAUAUGUGGGAAAGGAUUCGCUCGGUUAACCAACCUGCGGACACACCAGCAAGUUCACAUGGGGAAGAAGCCAUAUCCUUGCUCUGUGUGUGGGAUGCGGUUUGCUCAAUUGUGGCAUCUGCUGAAACACCAACGGGUUCGCAAGGGAUCACAGAGGUUGGAUUCUGCUGUUGCCACUGCUGUAAGUCACACCCAGGAGUGA